UUCAUCGUGAUCUUAACAUCGAAACAAAUGUGACAUUUUUAUAACGAGAAAUGCUGGCUGCACCGCAUUCUGCAGAAUGGUUUGAUGAAUGACUUGCAUUCGUUCUAUGAAAUAAAUAUGUAUAUUGGGUGACGGUAGCAACCUACCCCUCAAAAUUGACAGUGGUGCGCAGUUUCAAUAGAGUGACCAGCUUUCUGUUCUACAGCCAGCCCUAACUGCAAUUUGAUUGUCUGUACCAUGGAGCCCACUGCUUCUGGAAUGUUCUGUGACCGAAUGCUCAGCAUGGUGAAUUCUGAGGACGUGAACGCCAUCAUCCAGGCUCAGAGACACAUGCUGGACCGCUUCGAGAAGACGAACGAGAUGCUGCUAAACUUUAACGGCCUCUCCGACGCGCGGCUGCAGCAGAUGAACGAGCGCUUCCUGCACCACACGCGCACGCUCGUGGAGAUGAAGAGGGACCUGGACAGCGUCUUCCGGAGAAUCAGGACACUGAAAAGCAAGAUUGCAAAGCAGUAUCCCGAAGCUUUCAGCAACGUCCACGAGUCUCUGGACCUGGAGGACGAGGACGAGGAGUUCGACCCCGUCCCGCCCGGCGCGGGCAUCACCGCGGCCACCUCGGAGCAGAGCUCGGGGUCCUGCGACUCCAGCCCCGACGCCGUCUCCCCCGCCGAGCUCUCCCAGGGCCCGCCGGACCCGCCCGCCUCCGAGGGCCCGCCAGGGGCCGAGCUGCAGGACGAGGGCCCCGAUUAGGCCCCGGACCAGGCCUGUGUGGAGCGGCGGGCCCGGGGGCCUGAACCUGCAGCUCCGUAACAGGACUGCUCUGUAUUUUUAUUUUUGUUGUUUUUUUUGUUUGUUUUUAUUGUACUCUUUUAUUGCACUUGCCUGGAGACGGUGUCAUCUGACGACGGCCGGCACAAACGCUCGACACGCUUUAUUCAGAACUAACUGCCGCAAAGAAGGAAAUACUUGAAUUGUUUCGUACUUUCGUAUUUAAUUUAAUCCUGCCAAAUGCGGUACUGAACCCGCUGCUAGUGCGCUGUUUACAGUUGGAAGCUUUUUAAUACUCUGGCUCAGUUUCGUUUUUCCAUUUCAAAAGCUGGGGGGGGGGGAAAAAUAGGUAGGCCAUUGUAACUUUAUGGGAUUAUGUAUUUAAAGGGUUUAAAUCUGUUGGUGACCUACAAAAUGUACUUGUCAAAUUACUUUUUUUUUUAUUUCCCAUGAGAUUGGUUCUGGUUAGCAUUUGUUUUUUUAUCAGGCAUUCAGGUAUUUGUCUGUUUCUCACAUGGCUGAAUCCAGCACAGCACACACAAGUACAGCUUUUACACAUCGGUUCACACAGUUGGGCAUAUAAUACCUUGAUCUACAGACUGACAACAGCAUCCCGUCCUGUGCCUAAUGUGACAUCGCCAGCCAUAGUAAAAUGGCGCCUCAUUAUUUAGUGCGCCCAAGGUACCGUCCUUCCCUCAGUGACGCCUGGAAGGCAGCCGGUUCAGCUCAGCCAACCACAGAUCAUGUACACACUACUUCACAGGCAGUUUUCCUUUAAUGUAUUUUUAUCUAAUCUAUCCGUUUCUAUGUUACUGGGCUAGCGAGUUUGCUAAACCCAUCACGAUCCGUUUUGUAGUUUUGCAAGCAGUUGCCUUCCACCGUGUCCCUGAGGGAAGGAAAGUUCCAUGGUCUGUUUGGUACUUCAGAUGUUAGAAACGAGAGGGAGAUCGUGAGAUCUCGCCGUGGUACAGCAUCUUGUUUACACACUCUUCAUUUUCAAUAGGAAAUUACAGCGCUCCCAAAGACGCCAAAUGUGAACAGUCAGAUUCAUCUCCGUUUGAUUUCUUUUUUUAAAUGUAUUUGAAAACAAGUAAAUUAUGUGUCAAGCAA